AUGGCCGACAAGGUGUCCCCGACCAGCGACGUUAUCCUGUACUUCCUCGCCAUUUUCAUCCCUCCCUUGUCUGUAUUCUUCAAGAGAGGAUUGAAAGCAGAUUUCUGGAUCAACAUCCUCUUGUGGAUCCUUGGGUGGAUACCCGGUGUCCUUCACGCAUGGUACAUCAUAUCUAGGAGCGAAGGCGCCAUGUGA